CAACAAAAAGGAGAGACAUCUAUAUUUUUUAAAGAACAUAUUUGAAUUGGUGGUGUUCCUCGGGGCUCUGUACUGUACUUCCCUCAUUGUCCUCUCAAUCGCUGCAUCACCCUCGUCAAUCCUUUCAUACAAAAUGUAAAAACUUCCAAACUAAUGCACUUUUUUCAACAUUUACAUCAUAAUUAUAGUUUGAAAAUAAAGCUGCUUUUCAUCUCACAUCCACCAACAGCAGAGGAUGUUUGUGUUCGUCUCCGAUUUCUCGCUCUGAGCACAAUCUGUCAGUAGAAAAGCUACGUGUGACUCAUCCUCUUGUUGAAAUAAACAAAUAGUGUUCCUUUUUUAGCUGGAGAUGAAAACAGAAAAAUCAAAAAGGGCACAUUUAUGUAAGAGUCGUAUGUCGAGCUACAAUUACAACCACACACACAUGCUUCACAAAUUACACAAGGUUAGACAUGUUCCCCCUAUACAUAUCUACUCUAUCAUUUCUCAUGUUCAUCCUAUUUUUAUUUAUUGUGUUUCUGUUCUACCGUAUGCUAUUUUUAGUAUUACAUUGUUAUUGAUUACUGCAUUGUUGGGUUUAGAGCUGGCAAGGAAGGCAUUUCCCUGCACUUGUGCACAUGACAUUAAAACUUAUUUGAUAAUACUGACUGACGCCUUUGUAAUCUACCUGUAAAUCCCCUCACAAUAACAAGGCCUAUGCCACAUUGAUGAGUAUUCAUAUGGCGUUCUGGGGCUCUGGAGGCUGGAGUAUAUUGAAAUAAUUUCAUAGUCUUCCCACACUCAAGUGCUUCGCACACACAAAUGUAUAUCUGAAGCAAAAUGCCAUUGCCACAAAUGUACAGAAUUCAGUGGGGCAUGAACAUGAGUCACAACACAGACAGAGAUAUAUGCAAACACAUGCAGACAACAGUUGAGACAAUCAGCCCAUAUCAUACAUACACAAAGAGGGACAUGACCCACCUGAAAAUUGAGACAGUGCCGUCAAAGCUUCUAGACCAAUACAAUGUAUUCCUAUCUCUCCCUCCUUCCACCCUGCCAGGACAUUUACAGGUGGGGUUAAGGAGUAGUAUCAGUCAUAACUCAGUUCCCCUAUGAUAUGAGAUCAGCAUGUGAUAUGGAUAAUUGGUAUGGCAUUGGAAUCAAUUUGAUUAGAUCAAUUCAAAUAGAAUUAGUACAGAUGUGUCAGAUGUAUGGCUAUUCCUGAUACUGAACAGAGCAAUAGCCUACUACAGAUCAAUGUCUAUAUGAUGCCAAGCAAGCAUGAAGAACCAAUUGGCCUGAAUUUCACUGAUGUUAUCUUAUUGAAAUCAGACAGUGUCUUCAGGCUACAACCAGGGCCUAGGAUGAAGCAGGUUGAUUAGUAUGAGGCACUUGGAGAUAACAGGUUAUGUUUCUCUAAUAGGCUGAUGCAAUUUGAUAUUACAUCAAACAGAUGGCGCAAGAUAUGCAGAUAUUACAACAAUAUGUAUAUUACUGUAAUUACACUUGAGACUUAAUUAAAAGCCUGCAAGAAAGUUUCUAUUUGACCUUAAAGUCCAGUGUUUUGGGCGGAUGGGCUGUAGGAGGAGGGAGAGGGUGGAACUGAGUGGUAAUUGGUUUCUGUUUACCCAGAGCAUCCCCACAAGCAAUUAGCCAAGCUGCUUGAGCCUUACUUCCUUUACUGCUUGGUGUGUGUGUGUGCAUGCUUGCGGUAAAUAGGGAAUUACAUGAGGUGGAGGCUUGUGCUGAAUGUAAAAUAUGGUUGGUCUAUUAGCCAUACACAUUAACAGAAGCAUACAGACACACUGAGACACCAGUCUAAUCUAAUUGUUACAAUGGCAAAACAGAAGUGAUAUCUGAAACCAUAUCUGGAAUCAGGUGAACAAAUCAUACUACCGUACACAUCUGAGUGCCGACUCCCGACGUAAAUGUAUGAAUGAAACUGACGGCUUCCCCCUGACCUGCGCCAGACAGGACUUGACAGGCAACCAAAAUAAAUUACCACUGGCUGACGAUUGCACCGGCAUAGGCACCUCCCAUAGCGCACGGUCUCUCUGCAGUCCUCAUCACCCCGCAUCAUUCUUUGGCCGAUCUUGGGCGUGAGUGAGUCAUCGAUGGACUUUACUCUCUGUCACGAGGGACGCCCGCGAACGCCUUUUUGUUGACGCAUAGGUACAAAUCACAAUUUACUGCGAACAUCAGCCAUUAUGGUAGGCUACCUGAUUAGGAGGAGAUGAGGCGCAAUAUGGGAACAGGAAGUGAUCUCUACCAAUAUGUUUUAAAUCAAUAGAUGUUUCAUUUCUCCUUGCUUGGCCAGGAUUAUUAUCCAAAAUGUUGUGUAGCGUUUCUGUAAUAGCCUACACAACUGUUUAGUUGUAAACACAAAUAAUGCAGCAUUAUGUAGCAUACGAAAUACUUAACGUAGUCUCAUGUCCCUGUACAAAUUAUUAUAGCUGGGCCUGUAAUCUAUAAUUACCCUAUACACUGGUGAACUCGUGGGCAUGGUUGUAUAGGUCUAUGACCAUCUAAAUUGACAUUGUGCUGUGGGCUAAUGAAUCACGUCCUUAAUGUCCAGAUAUUCAUCACUAUUGGAUAACCAAUACAAUUCGACAUGACAGCAUUUCCAAUUGAAAGUUGAGGUUAAGAGAUUAUAAAAUAAUUGAACAAAUGUGAGCCAGUUCUAAUUGGGUUUGGAUGUUUCUUUGGAUCUAGUAUUGCGUAUGUCGCAGUGACGCACGAGUCAAGUGGCGCCUCAUAUAAUGGGAGGAGCUGUCCCUGGUGCUGAACACAGAAUCCUUGCUCGCGCUCACACUGAGAAAGAGAUGCUAAAUUCACUCACGACGAUCAAUUGAAACUAUUUUGCAGAGGCUGAACACACCAUGCCAUCACUCCCCACGCUCUCCUCGGUAGGGAUGGCCUUCCUCUUCUCUCUGCUCCUCCUCUUGGGCUCUGGCAGUGUCCAGGGGGCCUCUCUCAGAGAACACAGACUGAAAGGCAGUGAGCUGGACCCCCAGCAAGUAGACACCCCCUACCUCCCCACCAACGCAGACAUGCUCAAGGCCUUGGAGUACAUUGAGAGCCUCCGCCAGCGUACCGGGGGAGGGGCGCCAGCCCCCCAGGAGCAGGCUCCACUCACCCCAGACUACGACACCACCAACAUGGACACAGACUCAGAGAAACUCCGCUCCAUGUUGAGGCUAGCCUCUCCUGCGCAGACCAGUCAGCGUAAAAUCGGCCAGGACCAGGAUGAGGAGGAUGAGGAGGGGGAGCACAACAAGGAGGAAAAGACCCAGGAGUGGCUGCAGGCGGUGCUGAGUACCCUCAAGCAGACCGAGAAGGGCCCCAAGCCAGCCCCUGUGAGGCCCAGUGUAGCCCGCCACACUCUGGGCAAAGGGCAGAGACCGGGGAAUGAGGAGAGCCAGUUGGGAGAGGGCGUGGCAUAUCCAUGGUCACAGCAGCAGCAUACCAACCGGCCUCACAGGAAGUACCCACUGAUGUUUGAAGAUGAGGACGGUGAGGAAGAAAGCAGAGCCCCAGGCCGCGAGAGCCCCUUCAAACGCACCAAUGAGAACAUGGAAGGGAAGUACACACCCCAGAACCUGGCCAACCUGCAGUCUGUGUUUGAGGAACUGGGGAGGAUAGCCAACGCCAAGGCUGGGCACAAACGCCAGACUGAGGAUGAUGAAGAGUAUGAUGAUGACGACAUGUUCCGGGUAAGGAAUCUGGCCUAUGAGGAUGUGAUGGGGGGAGAGGACUGGGCACCCUUAGAGGAGCAGGUGGAGACAGAGGACGAGGAGAGUGACAACAGGCAGGAGUUUGACAGAGGCUUGGAGGAUGAUGAAGAGGAUGAUGAUAAUGAAGAGGAGAUUGAGGAGGUCAAGCGAUCGAGCCACCCGGGUCCGGGAGAACAUGACGCAGAUGAUAUCACCAAACUGGUCGACUACUACCUUCUGAAAGUGUUAGAGAAAACAGAGCAGGAGGAGCGGAAGAGAGAGCUAGAAGAAGAGGAGAGGGAAGAGAGGAGGGCAACUCAAACUCUGUACAGCGACAAGCCGGUAGAUCCACAAGCCAUUUACCAGCUCAUCCAAAUCUCCCAGAAACUACAGAUCCCACCAGAAGACCUGAUGGACAUGCUGAAGAGUGGGGAGAUGACAAAACAGGACAGGACACCACAAACACAUUCUCGGACACCCAACGAUCUGGCCAGGAUAGAGGACAAACUAACUCAGAUCUACCCUAAGAAAAAAAAGAUCCCUCUAGAGACAUUCUUCAACAGACGGCUGCCUGAGACCCAAACAAGCAACGUCCCAUACGAAAUAAACACAGAAGACAUUAAAAAAAUCCUCGGGCUGGGAAGUGUGGCAAAUCAGAACGCACCUGCGCUCAAGAAGCAGAAACAGCAUACAAGCCCACCGUUAAGGUUUUACGCACCAGUUGGAAGGCAGAAAGACUACAUGUUCUCUGAGCCAAACGUCCCAGAGAAAGGAACGGGCGACUACGACAACGCUGUCGAUGAAGAUGAGCUGGAGACGUAUCUGGCUGCCCAGAUGUUGGUGCAGUACCCGCAGGCAGCAAACAAGGCAGACCAAAAAAAGCACGCAUCGCAGCCUCCCUCACAAGACGAUAAUGUGCUGGGAAAGUUCGAGCAGGCAGUACAGGACUACUUUGACCAAAUGGACUCAGACAAAAGCCAGCCUCAGAAAAGGCAGUCAGAACCCGAGGACACAGGCGGUGCUUUGCAAAUGCAUGGCUUGGAUGACGACAUGCUUCUGAAAGUUCUAGGCUAUCUGAACCCAGAGACCGAAGAGGGCGAAGAUAAGGACCUUUACGCCAAAACUGUCAAAGGAAUGUAGAUGGGGGAGAUGCAGCUACAUAUUAUAUAAUUGUUUUUGAUGGGGGGGGGGGAUCAUAAUAAAGUAUUUUGAAAAAUUAAUACAUGCAAUGAAGUUUAGUCUCUUCGGUAGAUUUACUACAGCUCAUGCUUUAAUAGCCAAUUUAUACAUGAACUUGAUCUGGUGUAGCUAUAAGGGAGUGCCUAUUGAUGGUUGUAACUGGGUGUGUGGCAUAAUAUUCAAUGUUUUUGAUAGGCUAGAUAAAACACAACACACCACUUCAAACUAGCCAUACAUUUCAGUGCACAUACAGUGUUGGAUUCUUCACAUCCACUUGUGUUCUUCCUCGUAAAUUAUAUUCCGUACAUGUGUUCGGUAAUGUGUGACGUAUGAGAUGAAUAAAGCAUUGACUUUAUUUUUUC